GUCUGUAAAAAUGUCUACCCAGAACUCGAGGUCACAGUUCUAGAUUCUUGUCAGCGCCUGGAGGUGUCUGAGUCAUUCCUGCACAUAUACAUGCGUUUUCCAUUGUCCCCGCCCCGUUCUCUCCCCACUCAGACUGCAUGUUCUUGUCAGCCAGUCUUUUCAUAGUUUUCUUUAAGGGGCCGGGACUAUUCAACAGCCUGGCUCGCACAUGGAAUUUUUUCACUUCCUAUUCUCAGUGAAGACAUAACGGCUGCAGUCAGCACAGAGGAAGCUCUGCAACAUUUGGUCUGUUUGCAGUAUCAGAUCAGCUGAACUGAAGCUCAAACUGGAAACAUGGAUAUCUGAACUGAGAGCAGAUCCAGAAUCUGCUUGAAGGAAGGAGCAUGUACAGCUUUAGGCUGGUCUACAUUUUCUCCUAUAACUUGUUCCAAUUCUGUGGUCACACAUGGAUCCUGGCUAACACCAUCGCAAGAUUUUUUACCUUUGGUCAAGAUGCUCUGGCAGACACGUUUUACUCUGUGGGUUUUGUGAUGAGCCUGUGCCAGCUGCUCUCCAUCCUGGAGAUCUUCCACAUCGCAGACGGCAUCGAGAAGGCUAGGCUCCUUCCUCGCUUCAUUCAAGUGAUUGAGAAAAACAUUCUGCUGAUUAUGGUCAUCAUGUUUGAAGAGAUCCAAAGUAAGCCAGUGGUGUGUGUGCAGUUUUUCCUGUGGAAUAUACUGGACCUCUUACGGUACCCUCACGAACUUCUGUGUGUUAUGGAAAGACCUUCUGUCGCCAUGUUGUGGAGCCGUUACUCUCUUUGGAUCCCCUUAUACAUCCUGUCAGUUGUCAUUGAAGGUGUCAUUAUUUAUGAGGCGCUGCCGUACCUGGAACCGUCAGCCCCCCACCUGCCCUCCCUGCUGCUGCUCUACCUGCCGCUUCUCGCUGUGGGAGGCUCAGUAACAGUCUGGCAGCUGCUGAAGGAGAGGAAACACCAUCUGGAGAAACGCUACAAGAGGAAGAAACAGAAAUGACUCAGAGUUGGAUUCUUCAGGGACAACGGGAUGACUCUGUUUUCAAACCGUCUGAUUUAUCAAACGAACAUUUCAGAUUGCACAAAAGGAAAAAAGAAAUGCCAGAUUUUUGAAGCAGUUUAAUGAAGACAAGUUUCUGACUGAACUCAUGACUGAACAAUGAGCAACAGCAGCAGUUUCUACUCAAGUUUCUUUCACCAAGUAGGACAGAUGUUGUGUACAAACGUUACCAUAUUUGUACCCUGGAUCCUCUGAACUACCAGCUGAAAGCUCUGGUCCACACGGCUUUCUUCUUGAACUCGGCGGACGACUUCAGACCCAGGAGAGCAGCUGGAACCAGAUCAGAACAUGGAUGGUCAGAUGGAUGGUCAGAUGGACAGCAGAAUGAAUAAACCAUUCUAAACAUUACAAAUCACUGUUUAUAUCAGAAAGGUCUAACUGAUGUUCAAUCAGGUGAUUUGUACAAGUUCCCAUGGAAACCUUCUACUACCUGCAAUCAGGGGGCUCCAUCUAUGUGAAGUCAAAUUUACUCCAAUAAAGUAAAUCUCACUUUACUGGAGUUCAGAAUUGGGCUUCGUUAUUAAGUCUAACUCUGAACUUUAAAUCCCAG